AUGCCCGAGACCGGGCAUGCGCCGCAGUCCAACCACCACACGACCAUUGCGCUGUUGCAGCACUUGGUCAAUGCGAAACAGGGAGGGUCUUGUAACGUUAGUAUGGGAUACAGUCCGAGUCCUCGAGGCAAGCGCCUCCUUCAAGAGCAACUCAAUCAGAUCGGCCACGAACCCCCCCAUAGACUCGCCUCCCCGUCAAGUCGCAUGCAAACUUCAUCGCCCCCCCAACAACAGUCCACUACGCUUCAACAUCCAACGAGUCCCCGCCUGCUUGCGUCGCCCCGGCCUUCCCUGCCGCAGUCGACAUAUGAACGGGAGCGCAAGGAAUCGCUGUUCAAGAUGCAAAUUAGACAAGUCGACGAGGCGGCGCUGGGAGCUCCCCGUCCAGUGACCAACCCCACGGCCACGACCGGUCUCGUUGUUCCAAGCCCCCCCCCGUCCUCGACGUUAUCCCGUCGCACGUCGCACAAGACGCUUCUGGCCGAAGUGGGCGCGGCCAACAAGGCCAGUCAAGCGAGGUUCUCGGCCCAGGAGGUUACCCACGCCCAGCAAAUCACUCACGACGUGCUAUGCCGGUCGCUGGCCGAAAUGAGGAACCACCAACGAGUCCUAGGGCAACCGACCCCCGGCCAAACCAGCACCAGUCGACGGCAGUCGGAUUUGCAAAUGCAACUGCACCAGACCCACGAACUGGCGCUGCAUCGUGUCCGUCACGGCCGAAAUAUCCCCCGCACAUCGUCCAUCGCUGUCAAGCUACCCCCUCACGGUUUUGACGACGCUGAUGUGUUCCACGUGGCGCUUCAAGUUGCAGAGCAACACCGCGACCUUCGCAAGCUGUCCAAUGUCGUGCAACGGCAAAACCAAGACCACGGGGGACAGACGGUAGUGAUGUCCUCUGCUUCAUUGCCGCCAUCGCACCACCCCGUUGCUCUGCCACCGUCGCAGCAAUUCCCAUCGCAACAACCAAUCGCGUCAUCCCCUUCUUCGUCUGGUGGCUUUGCCUCCCCUCGGCGCCACAGCACGUCGCCUGCCUUGGUCACAUUGGACCUGCAGCACCACUACUUUCAAGUGAUGUCCACCCUCCAUCCCGAUCGAAAACUGCCCACAAAUGACCACAGUGUGGUCGUCACGGGCAACGAAUGGCUCUCAAUACACGAGUUUAUCCCUCUGUUCUGCCUCACGUUUGCCUUUUCAAACACCGAGUGGGCAGCCAAGUGUUUUCCAGCGUACUUUGCCUCGAAACAGCAGUACGACAAGUCCCCCAAGCUGACACUAGUCGACUUUGCUGCGAAAUGCCGCAUGCUCACAAACGGCGCGGACGUGGACAAGGCUCGGUUUGUGUUUUCCAUUUACGACCACGACCGCAGUGGCACGGUGGAAGUGGACGAAGUAUUUCAAACCCUACAGUCAGACAAGGAAGAUCUGUGGGACCAAGUGAUUUUCUCCCAGCAGCUCAUGGGGCUAGUGAACCCAAACCACGAUGGCACCAUGGGGUUCCAGGACUUCUGCACGGCAUGUCAGAAAAUUCCCAUGUUCUUCACGUGCUUUACGGGUCCGUUGCCCGUGCGACUGUCGAUGCAUCCGGAAAACGUCAAAUAUCGACUCGGAUUGAACGCUAUUCGAAAAAUGUGGAGCUGUGGCGUCAAAGAAAGCACCUCCAACGACAACCACGACGCGAUCGACUCGGCGGGGUUCAAGACUGUGAUUUCGUACUUUUUCCGAUUUGCCCGCUCCAGCGCCAUCGACCAGGCGCUGGCCACGCGGUUGUUUCAAUCGUUUUCAUCGAGAGGUGACGUCGUGUACUUUGGCGAGUUUAUCGCUGGCAUGUCGACCCUCAUCCAAGGAACGGUCGAAGCGCGAGGACGAAUGAUGCACGCGGUCUUGGAUUUGGACCGAGGAGGCACAGUCACGAAAAAUGAGAUUCAAAUGAUUUUGCGGUCUCGAGCGAAUAUAUUGCAGCAUCAAGAAAUCAAAGACUUGCAUUUGGAGCGCAAUGCAAAUGAAAUCAUGCGGGCGCUCGACGAAAAUGGCGACGGCGACAUCUCUGUGGACGAGUUUAUGGCGGCCGUGCGGCGGACGCCACAUGUGCUGGAAGCAUUGCAAGACAUUUUGUUCAGUGGAUGCCGCCUCGAGUCGGAUUUCGACACGGAUGCGUGGAAGACGCAGACGCAGAAAGGACUGGACCGAUCCAGUUCGUGGCACCGCAACUUGGACGAAGUGGUGGCACACCCGGACAACCUCAUGCACGACUUCAAGAAGAUCUUCGUGACAGCCGUCAAGAAGGUGUCGGCGGCGACCACGAUUCGCAGACGGAACAUACACCACAAGGAGAAACCCCCCAAGCCUGCGUUUCCCGUCAUUGUACCGUCGUUGUUACUUCCCAUUGCGCCGUCCGCCAUGACACCACGCAGCGCCACGUCCGCGUCGCCGUCGUGAUGACGCAAUCACAGUAUAACGAGAUUGAGAAAUCGUCAACGACUAUUAUUGAUAACGUAUUAGUACCGUUUACGGUUACUGUACUGCAUCGUUCUGCUUGAUUGGCAACACAAAUUUGUUCGUUUUUACUGCACCAUUUUGCAGUUGUACGUUGGA